GAGGGGAGAGGCGAGAGGUUUAGUGUGUGGAGCUGCUCGCGCUCCGCCUGGGCUGUCAGUCCCGGCUCCAGCCGCCGCGAGACCUUCCCGGAGACGCGCGCACACACGGCGCACCCCCUGCACACCGCACGCCCUCGCUCCCUGGCUCACACACACGCACACACUCAGCCUGGCCGAGCAGGAGCCACUGACCAUUUUGCAAGUGCCGGGACCAGCUGCGGCGCCCUGGGUACAAACACUCCGCGUUCCCAGUCGGGGCUUUCGUCUUGGAGACCACGACGAGGGGCGAAGGUGGGCUAGGAGGCGGACCCGGCGCUGAGCACCGGUCGGGCCGCCUUGCUGGCAGAGCCGCCUCCCGGGACGGGCGCGGGCCUCCGCAGAGAGUAGAAUAAAGAGGAGCGGCCGCAAUCGCAGCGCGAGGAGGAUGGGAACUCCCCUAUUCCAAGCUCUGUAACAAACGGAUGGAAAUCCUGAAUGGAGGAACCGCUGAUUUCAUUUGCUUGAGAAAUCGUCCGGAGGAACUCAUAUUUGGCUACUCUGAGCGGUGGAGGGGGUGUCCAUGACGUGGCAGGGGGAAAAUAGACAUCCGAAACCUCCCGUGUGAACUGCAAACUGUAACCAAGCAAUGGGAAAAUGAUACCUCGCUAUAUUCUAAUUUCAUGCAAAGGGUUUUAAGCAUCUGUAUCAUAAACUUACUUCUAUGCCUUGUACCCAGUUCGCCAGAGACCAGAGGAGUCCUGUCUGGGGACCCCAUCAUUAUCCGGGAGACCCGCCGCCAGCGGCCUGCCUUCGUUUACCCACAUCCCCCUGGAACGGAUAUCUGUUUGGGGUACCACAGGCUAUCCUAUAGAACUAUGGCCAAAUCUUCGUGAAUGCUUUGCUAAUUCUGGGACUUAACUCCUGGAACCUACCUCUGGGACUGGAAUUUAGCCUAAAUGCAUCUGAAGAAAUGACAUUUUAUGCCGCUUUAAAAAUACCUUAAAAAAUUUCCUGUGUAGCAGGAUUUGAUAGGUUUAACAACAUGACAGGUAAGAACUUUCUCUCUUUCUAGUCCCUGAACGCCCCACGCAGGGAAGGCCGAAGCGGAACAGGACCCUGGAGGAAGAAGAGCCCGGGGACCCGGCUGCCCUUCGGGUUCUCAGGCGCUCGGCCGGGCAGCUGCUUUUGAGAGAGGCGCAGCCCUCGCUCCUGGACCGUGGGGCCGGAGGCUGGGGAAGCUUCUGGGGCGCGCGCGGGGAGGCGGCGCUGCGCUUCACCUGCCUGCCCCGGACACAGCCCCGGGCGAGGCGUCGAGGGACCACCCCAAGUCAAUAGUGGGUUUUUAAUAAACCAAGGAAUGGGAUUUUAAUUAUUCAGAACCCAGCUCCUCCGGGCCAGAUGCUGUUAGGAUGGUCCUACUCCCACAGUAUUAAAGAGACCCAUUACUAAGAGGACGAGAAAAGCGUCCAAGACAUCCGUCGCAAUUACGAACGAACCAGAGACUUGGUAGCACAGGGCAUUGAUCGCUGGUGCCCAACCGACCCUCCUCCCCUCUCCCCAUUCCUCCCCCCCGCCCCCCCCCAACCCGAGGCAGGCUCUGGCGGCGGCCGGGACCUCGCGUCCCUACAUCGUGGCGGGAGCUGCAUUUUUCAUGAGCCCGGGGUGAACAGGUGCGAAGUGCGCUGGGAGCAUCCGGCCGGCGGCCGGGAGCAGGGAACAUGGAGAGUGAGCGCGACAUGUACCGCCAGUUCCAGGACUGGUGCCUCAGGACUUACGGGGACUCAGGCAAGACCAAGACGGUGACCCGUAAAAAAUACGAGCGGAUCGUCCAGCUCCUCAACGGCUGCGAGUCGAGCUCCACGGACAACGCCAAAUUUAAAUUCUGGGUCAAAUCGAAGGGUUUCCAGCUGGGCCAGCCGGACGAGGUCCGCGGGGGCGGCGGCGGCGCAAAGCAAGUGCUCUACGUGCCGGUCAAGACCACGGAUGGCGUAGGGGUAGAUGAGAAGCUAUCUUUGCGGCGGGUAGCCGUGGUUGAAGAUUUCUUUGACAUUAUCUAUUCAAUGCAUGUGGAAACAGGGCCAAAUGGAGAACAAAUUCGGAAACAUGCUGGACAAAAGAGAACUUACAAAGCAAUUUCAGAGAGCUAUGCCUUCCUACCAAGAGAAGCGGUGACACGGUUUCUAAUGAGCUGCUCAGAGUGCCAGAAAAGAAUGCAUUUAAACCCAGAUGGAACAGAUCAUAAAGAUAAUGGAAAACCUCCCACUUUGGUGACCAGCAUGAUUGACUACAACAUGCCAAUUACUAUGGCCUAUAUGAAGCACAUGAAACUGCAGCUGCUAAACUCACAGCAAGAUGAGGAUGAAAGUUCAAUAGAAAGUGAUGAAUUUGAUAUGAGUGAUUCAACACGGAUGUCAGCUGUGAACUCUGACCUUAGCUCCAAUCUUGAGGAAAGGAUGCAAAGUCCCCAGGCUCUUCAUGGCCAGCAGGAUGAUGAUUCUGCUGCAGAGAGCUUUAAUGGCAAUGAGACUCUGGGGCACAGUUCAAUUGCUUCAGGGGGAACACACAGCAGGGAGAUGGGCGACUCUAACGGUGAUGGCAAAACUGGGCUGGAGCAGGACGAGCAGCCACUGAACUUGAGUGACAGUCCCCUCUCAGCACAGCUGACUUCAGAAUACAGAAUAGAUGACCACAGCAGUAAUGGAAAAAACAAAUAUAAGAAUCUGCUAAUUUCUGACCUCAAGAUGGAACAAGAAGCAAGAGAAAAUGGAAGCAAGUCCCCUGCACAUAGCUAUUCAAGCUACGACUCGGGCAAAAAUGAGAGUGUAGACCGAGGUGCUGAGGACCUGUCCCUAAACAGGGGAGAUGAGGAUGAAGAUGACCACGAUGACCACGAAGAUUCUGAGAAAGUUAACGAGACAGAUGGCGUUGAGGCCGAACGGCUGAAAGCUUUUAAUAUGUUUGUCAGGCUGUUUGUAGAUGAAAACUUGGACCGAAUGGUCCCAAUCUCUAAGCAGCCCAAAGAAAAGAUCCAGGCUAUCAUUGACUCAUGCAGGCGACAAUUCCCUGAGUAUCAAGAGCGUGCCCGAAAACGCAUACGUACUUACCUCAAGUCCUGCAGGCGGAUGAAAAGAAGUGGUUUUGAGAUGUCUCGACCUAUUCCUUCCCACCUUACUUCAGCAGUUGCAGAGAGUAUCUUGGCUUCAGCCUGUGAGAGUGAGAGUAGAAAUGCCGCCAAGAGGAUGCGUCUGGAUAGACAACAGGAUGAAUCUGCUCCAGCUGACAAACAGUGUAAACCAGAGGCGGCCCAGGGCACUUACUCAACCUCAGCUGUUUCAGGCUCCCAGGAGGUGUUGUACAUCAACGGAAAUGGGACCUACAGUUACCAUAGUUACAGAGGGCUCGGAGGGGGACUGCUAAAUCUGAACGAUGCUUCUAGUAGUGGACCCACUGAUCUCAGCAUGAAGAGGCAGUUGGCGACCAGCUCAGGAUCCUCCAGCAGUUCGAGCUCCAGACCCCAGCUGAGUCCAACUGAAAUCAAUGCAGUGAGACAGCUGGUUGCAGGAUAUCGGGAAUCCGCUGCAUUUUUAUUGCGUUCCGCAGAUGAACUGGAAAAUCUUAUUUUACAACAGAACUGAGUCCAGCGACGAUCCUCUUCACUGAGGUUUAAAUUUGCAGUUUCCACUAAUGACGUUUUGAUUUCCCAGCAGAGAUGCGUCUGGUCUUACUGCACAGUCUUAAGAGAAAUAUUUCCAUUAUGCCACAUUGUCCUUGAUCCAUAAAGUGAUGUGUUUAGGUGCUUCAAAGGAACUCUGGCCUCUGAAGUACUUGAGAUACUUUAAUGUGUCCAGCCUACUGUUUUUUGUUUCAGUGUGCCAGCAUAAAUACCUGGGGCAAAAAAAAAAAGGCUGUAUAUUCCUAAUUCAAGGAUAAAACAGAAGAAGCUUGUGGUAUAAAAAGUAGUUCAAGAUCCAACUGAAAAUAUUAGUGGAAUUUGCUACUGACUUACUGGACUGAAAGCUGCAGUAUCUGGCAAAAAAAAAAAAAAAACCAAAAUUUCUCAUUGCUACAGGAUAUAACAAUGAAAAGGAUCUUGUAUUUUAAAAAAAUAUGUAAUUUUUAUAAAAAGAAAACUUGUUUUUCAUUCAGAAUUGUCAUUUUUACUUUGGUAACUUUUUCAUAGGUCCUAAAAAGAAAACUGUUUUGAGAAACUACUGUAAGUACCUUUUCCACCUCCCUUUGCCUUCUCCUCUUUCCAAAUUCUUUCUACAAAAAUAACACUUGAUGCUGGGGAAAAAAAAAAAUACCCUUGCCUACGUUCUUUAAAUCGUCGCAUCAGGAACUACUUCCAAGAGAAGCCUGCGUUUCUGCACUCAUGCUGGUCUCAAGCAUUCCACUCACCAUUGCAGCUUUACCAUAGCGGUUUUCAGCACAGAAUUUUUUAAUAUUGAAAAAGACAUAUCAUUGAAAAAAAAAAAAUGACACCUUGGUUUCCUACAGCUGCUCUCCCCAGAUUGCCGCUGCUGUCUUAUGGCAUCCCUCUAGCAGCCAUUGGAUGUCGAUGACUGAAUGUUAAAGAGGUUGCAAGUGACAAUCUGAAAAUUUGCACUCUUGUGUGUAGUUUUCUUUUCUCUUUCAGAAAUAGUUCCCAAAAAGACCAUUACCUCUCCUGAUAUGAUUUGUAUAAUUUACAGUUGUAGGUAAAAAUGAUGUAAAGAACUCUCAGUGGAUGCAGCUGCAAUCUACAAUGAACUGUCCCCUCCUCUUCCCCAUAUUUUGCCCUUCUUCCUUAUUUUAUAGUGUUGAAUACACAUGAAUGGUGUUUUCUUUGUGCACUGAGGCAAGCCUAUUUUUUAAAUAUUUAGGGAGGAGUACAUCAGUUUACGCUUCUUGUACAAUUUUUUUCUGUUGUUUGGCUUCGGUUGGAUUACAGGUUCUUUGUGCAUUCCUGAAUUUGCCUUAUUUCAUGUAAAAUUUAUGUCAUUUGGUUUUUGAUAAUAAGUUGAAGACAUCAGUGAUAUUUCUUAACUACUUGUUACAUAUAGUUUUUCAAGUAAUGACUGUGAUUGUGACCAAGUAAUGUGCACUUUUUCUUGUAACUGUGGACAUUGCUAUGCUCUUUUCUUCUAGUGUUUCUAGAAUUACUGUUCCUUACAGUUACGUAAACAAAAAACAAAAAAACAAAAAAGAACUUUUGUGAUACUGUUGGUGAAUAUAAUGUGAAAAUCUUAUUGAAAUAUGAGUAUUUUGGAAAUACAUAGAUGCACAAACAUCUUUUAAGGUGUGGAUUUAGAGUUUGCUUAUUUAAAUGAAAAUUCAAAAACUGAGGGCUGGUAUAAUUUUCUC